GCCAUUUUAGUUUCGUAAUUUGAUUGAUUUGUUGGCUUUUACGGACGACUGCGAUAGUUUCUCUGUGAAUAAAUGAAAAAAUGAUCCGGCUCUAAACGAUUUUCACUGUGUGAUAUUCUUGCUAGCUUAUGAAGAUUUAGUUGAUUACCUAGAUUUAACAGCGUAAUCCUUGGGAAAGGCUAAAUUUCCCUUUCAAUAUGUCAGCCCACGAGCAAAUGAGGGCAAUGUUAGACCAACUGAUGGGCACCGCUCGCAAUGGUGAAACCGACAGACAUGGUGUCAAAUUUUACGAUGAUGCUGUGUGCAAAUCGUUUUUAUUACAAUGUUGUCCUCAUGAAAUUCUAUCCUCCACGCGUAUGGAUUUAGGUGAGUGUCCUAAAAUACAUGAUUUGGCUCUACGGGCGGAUUAUGAAUUAGCUUCAAAAACCAAAGACUAUUUCUACGAUAUUGAUGCAACAGAACAUUUAGAGGCAUUUAUAGCUGAUUGUGACCGCCGAACUACAGCAGCCAAACAGCGCCUUGCUGAAACACAGGAAGAACUAUCAGCUGAAGUGACUGAGAAGGCAAAUGCUGUGCAUGAGUUGGCUGAACAGAUUGGUCAGAAGCUAGCUCGGGCUGAAGCACUUGGAGAGGAGGGCAUGGUAGAAGAAAGUGUCAAACUCAUGGGAGAGAUUGAUGAGCUCCGUAAAAAGAAGGCAGUAGCUGAACAAGAAUACCGUAAUUCUAUGCCAGCUUCCUCAUAUCAACAACAAAAAUUACGAGUUUGUGAAGUGUGUUCUGCAUACUUGGGUAUACACGACAAUGACAGACGUUUAGCAGAUCAUUUUGGAGGCAAACUUCAUUUGGGCUUUAUUACCAUUCGAGAGAAACUAGCUGAAUUAAAGAAAACUGUUGACAAGCGACGUGAAGAGCGUGGUGCUUCAGAGCGUGAACGCUCAAGUGGCCGUCGGCACUACGUCGGCGGACGCGAGUUGGAUCGGCGAGCACGGCGCCACCGCGAGUCUGCGCGGGACCGCGACCGCAACAAGGAAGACCGUGAUCGUGACCGUAAGGACAGGGACCGUAGAGACGGUGACAGAGACCGAGACCGCAGACGCAGUCGGUCACGGAGUAGAAGCAAGCGUGACGGCUCCCGCGAGCGUUCUCGUGGUCGCGAUCGGGAUCGUGAACGCGAACGUGACUCGCGCCGCAGCCGCUCACAUCGUUCCUCUUCAAAAGAACGCAGACGCGAUUAGCAACAGAUACAACACAGAAUCAUUUAGGAAUAUUAUUAUAAUUAAUAGCCUGCUUCCUAUCUCAAACCUACCAUGUGGUUGAAUAAAAUCCACAUUUUAUUAUAUUCUACAAUAGAAUUUUCUCAUGCGUAAAUAGAUUUUUUCUUUAUCUCACAAUAACGUAUUUUAAUAAAACUUAAUAUCCUGUCGUAAUAUAUGCUAACAUUAUAUGGAUUGAGCAUGACGAAUUCUCAAAAGUCAGAAAUUUAUUAUUUUAGAAACCUAAGAAUUGCGUUUUCAUCACCUAUAGCUAUUAAUGUAGUUAUUUUCUGCAGAUUUUAGAAAACUGAAACAUAUGUUGUCAAUAUGGUGUAAUUAUAUUUUUACUAUCUAGUGACAAUAUAUUUUAUUGAUAGCAUGAAUAUUUAUGUUGACUAUAUUUAUAACUAGCACUGCCGACAGAGGAGCAAUGUAUUGUAACGCCUAAGUUUCAUUUCGACUGACGAUGUUUGUGACUAAAACUUCCAGUCUGUGUAUAUGUAAUAUUGUUUGAACGAUCCUGUAUUAUUUGAUGUGUGAUCAUAAAAAUGUAGAAAUAUUUGUCAUUGAACUAUAAAUAGGCCAGUGUAGUUAGCUUCAAAAAUUCCAAAACGUUGGAACAGUAGGAAAUGGAAUAUUUUUUGCCAUUUAACUUAUUCUUUGAUAGGAGCAAUGCUUUCUACCGGCUUUCCAUCCGUUAGUCGAUGGGAUCGCCUGUGUCUCAUUAUUUUUUUCUAUUUUAUUCAGUUCUAGUUUUCGUACUGUUCUUAAUUAUUGUAUAAGCUAUUUGCCCCUGGCCUUUGUGUAGUAAGAACUGAUUUGCAGGAUCGUUCAAUUAUUAGUAUAGGCUAUAUUAUAUAAAAACGUUUUAUUUUAGUUCUAAGUACCUAUGUAAGACUUGCUAGGUUUUAAUAUAAAAUUUAAUUUUGAAUACUGUAAUAAUAUUACAAUUUCUGUCUGUAUAGACUUAGUUUGUUUGCGCUAGUUAAAUAUUGGGAUGAAGAUAUUUUAGUAGUUACAGAGAUGAUAUUAAGCCAAAAUAUCAGAAGCAAGUCAGACAUUACAAUCAUUAUACACGAAGACAUGAUGUAACAUGUAGUUUAGUGCUUUUCGUUUGUUAAAAUUAAAAAUCAUUGAAUAAUA